CCGCGCGCGCGUCUGCCGCAGGCGAAGACCCGCGGUGGCCCCCCGACCCCGCGGCGCCGCAGCUUGCGCCAGCCGCGCCGCUGCUCCGCGGCGAGGGGCCGCUGGCGCCCGCGGGGGCAGCGCUCCUCGGCGGCGCCGCGUCUCAGUUGGCCGGGGUGGUGGAGCCCGUGGUGCUCGGUCCCGAGGCGAGCCCGCCGCGGAUGGAGGGUGCCGCGCUGUCCCAGGAGGAGGGCCCCGCCAGGCCGUCGCCGGCCGAGACCGCCCUGCUGCAGCAGCAGAACGCGGAGCUCGUCGGCGAGUUGGCCGAGGCGCAGGCCACCAGCGCCGUGCUGCUCAGGGAGGACACCGAACUGCAGCGGAUAAACCUUGAGCUGCAAAGGCUCCUGAACGUCACGAAGAAUACGACGAACAGCGGCACGGCCAACGCCACGUACAGCGGCUAUCACGAGAUCGAGUUGUCGGGUGCGAAGCGGAGUAUCCUGAAGCCCGUGGCAAUCUGCGUCACCGUCGUCGUGGCCACUGCAGUCCUAUGUUGCUGCUCUGCGCGCGUCCUUCGCUACAGGCACCGCCUCGCGCAGCGCGACAGGAUCCGGCAGAGCCAGGCGCGCGGAGGUGUCGCCGGCGACAACGGCGGCGUGGUGGGCGCCAUCAGCCAGGCGGUGGACACCGGCUACGCGGAGUGCUCCGCCUGCUGCGGGGUAGUCUGCAGCGUCCGCGUGUGCGUCAUGGCCAGCUUCAUCGGCGUCCUUUGGGGCGCAGGGCUGCUCGCCAUGUGGGCGACGGGGGGGCUGCAGCCCGUGCUGAAGGAGGUCGCUGUGUACGCGUACCUGGCUCUUGGCAUCGGCAGUCUCACCACCGUCUGCCUCCUGGGCGUGGUCUUGAACGCCAGGGAAGAGCUGCAUGAUGUGGGCCACAACAUCCACCAGAAGCUGGACGUGGGCCGCAGCAUUGAGAACGUGGGCUCCAGUGUCUUGGGGACGGGACAGCGCUCGCCGACCGGGCCAAAGAGGUGAGGGCCCCCCUCCGACCUCCGGGAGGAGAGCGGCGCCCUGCGCGCGAAACGCGCGGCCGAAGCCGACGGCGGCGAGCGCGCGCGGGGAGAGCAAUGGCAAGGGCCU